AUGAGCAAUGGAUCGGAAAUGCCCGGGGAGUUCGAUGAUGACAGCUACGACAUGACUCAGAGCCCGGAGGAGGCCGGCCCCCUCGCAACGCUGAGCCCGAGACUACCCAACACUCAAUGGAAGGCUUCGUCUCGGACAGUGGAAGAGACGCUAGCUCAGGGACUGUCAAAUGAGGAUCUCUGGAUGCUGAUCCGGCGGUUCGAUAAGCAAAUCUACCAUGUGAAAGCAGUCCAAGACGCAAAGGAGACGAUUGACCUGAAUCGCACGGAAAAUGAACAAUUUCCACCGGAGAAGCUGCGCAUGACCCUGGAGCGGUUUUACACAUCUGUGGUUGUUGGAGUCACCGAGUUUUUCCGGCAUAUCACUCGCUUGCGAUCAUGGAAGGAACCUGUCCGUACGACCAUGUUCUGUGGUGGAUACUUUGUUGCUUGGGCCAUCGAUCUUCUGAUACCGACGGUGUUGGGACUCAUUGUCGCAUUGAUAAUGGUUCCUCCCGUCCGAGCAUUGCUAUUCCCUGGUCUAUUAAAGGGAGACAAAACAGAUGGUGGUAAUGGUAGCCCGACUGGGCAACCCGAAUCCCAGGACAGCCUCACUGGUGCUCCGGAGAACCACAAGGGUGAAGCCGCUGAGCAAGAGGCCAAGAACUUUGUUGACAGCUUCGCCACUGUUGCAAUGGAAAGUGCAGCCGCCAAAUAUGGCCAGACUGUGACCGAGGACGAGCCGGACAGACCUGCAAUCACUGACGGCCUGGAAGCUGCCGAGGCUGCGGCGGAAAACCGCUCGGAUGAUGUUCCUGAAGACAAGACCAAAAAGCCAAUGAAGAAGAAAGUCUCACAUGCGACAGACCAGGUUAUGCGUAUCUUGAGCGAUAUCACUGACAUAUAUGAGAAGUUUGCCAACUUGCUAUCUCCCACGCCACCUUUCUUUUUGGUUACAUCUAGAUUGAGACUUGCAAGUAUAUUUACAUUGAUCUCUGUGGUUGUGCCUUUCACGUCUAGCUAUUGGAUCAUCAAGUUCGUUGGAUUUGGAGUUGGACUUGGUUUCUUUGGUGAUCCAAUCUUCGGCUUUACACUGGACCUACUCAACACCAAGAUUCCAAAUUGGAAGGAUCAUAUGGAUCUACAGAAGACGCUUCUGUCCGGCGUGCCCACAAAUGCACAAUUGACUUUGACUCUCUUGCGCAUCGGCGAGAUCAACUCCUCACCACUGCCACCUGCCCCGGUAUCUGAUGAUAACGGGCCAGCAUGGCCCAUUCGGCGCAAAAAGUCACAAGCGGCGAGCUCCACUGACCUCACUAAACAGGGUACGGGUUCAUCCGUGGACCUCCAAUCCACAACUUCAAAUGUUUCCCUUCCAGAAACAAAGCCGAAAAAGAAAUUCAUAGUCAAACUUUUCAAGUUCUUCCGUCGGACAAUCGCAACAGCGAUAAAGGGCCAUAUUGCUAUUGACCGAGCAAUGGCGAUUGCAGGGUCUGCGCAUACCAAGAACCUGAUUGGAAUGUUGCAAAAUCGCACAUUUGGUUCAACAACCUUUGGACCUCUGAAGUUCGAUGCGAAGUACGAGCGCAAGAGAGGUGCAGUGGUCAUUGACUCGUCAAAGGAGCCUCCCCUCUUGUACUUCACCACUUAUCAGUCCUCUGGGCUAGAUGAUCUACGCAUCGAAAGUCGGAAGAAGGGCUCUGUUCUUUUCCAGAUCCCGGUUACCGAUAUUAAGGAGCUGAAGAAGACCGAGGGUCUAGGCUGGAAGGGAAAGCUCAUCGUGGAGUUGACUGCUGGAAGCAAGGAGGCAGCCGAUGGACUGGUGAUUGCUGGCGAUGAACUGGGCCAAUCAUAUCAUCUUACUGGCAUGAGGUCACGGAAUCAGCUGUUUAAUAGGCUGGUCGCUAUUGAUGCACAGUUCUGGGAAAGUCGUUAA